AUGUGUGGAAGUGUGAAUAAGUAUGUGUUGGAGGAGUUGUUAACGGAGUAUGAGCAGAAUACGGAGAUAAACAAUAAUACUGAAGAUGAAGCUUAUCAACAAUACGCCUGGGAAUUAGAUGUGGAUAAAUCAUGGGAGCAACUGGUGGAGAAGGAUGGUGUGUUACAGUUUAUAAAGCCUCAGACGAGGCUAUAUCAGGAGUUUGAUCUGGAGUAUCAGAAUAACUUAAAACAACAUAAUCUUAACCUCAUAUACAAACGGGGGAUUAUUAGGAGUAUAAUGAUAUUAUUUGAUAUGAGCGAGCAGAUGCAUGAGAUGGACUUUAAACCCGACCGACUCUACUGCGCUUUCAACUCACUCAAAGAGUUUUUGGGGGAAUUGUAUUCGAGUGGUCCGAUAACUCAGGUUGGUAUAGUGGUGAUGAGGAAUAAGAUUUGUAAUGUGAUAACACAAUUUGGUACUAACCCUAACGAGCAAAUGGAACUACUCUCCAGCGUACUCAAAGACGGACCCGAAGGGUCCUCAUCACUUCAAAACGGCCUAGAAAUGUGUAUGAAGAUAAUGUGUGAUUUACCGUAUUAUAGUACGAGGGAGAUUUUGGUCAUAUUUGGUUCGAACAGGACACUUGACCCUGGGAACAUUUUACUCACUCUCGAUCAACUCAAACAGAAUUUUAUCACCGUUAAUUCCAUCUCACUCUCUCCAGAACUUUAUAUUCUCAAGAACAUAUGUAAGGAGACUGGCGGUAAUUACUCAGUGGCACGUGACGUCAACCACCUAAAACUACUUUUCAAUAAUCUCACAAUUCCUCCUCCGUGGAAGAGCUGGAUGGAGCCGAUACUGAUAAAGGUGUCAUUUCCACCGAUGAAGCGGGGUACAUCAGUAUCCCUAUGCUGCUGUCAUAACAAAGUUGUUAAUACUGUUUACAUUUGUCCUCAAUGUCAUUCCAACUCUUGCUAUAUCCCCACCAAAUGUCAGGGAUGUGGUAUAUUUAUGGUAUCACCGCCUGACAUAUCAAGAGCAUUUCAUCAUCUCAUACCUCCAAAACCCUUUCAUCACGUUGAAGGUGGGAUGGACUGUGUGGGAUGUAAUUUGAGAGUUGAGAGUGGUUACGAGUGUCAGGACUGUGGCGGGUUAUUCUGCCAACACUGCGAUAAAUACAUACACCAAGACCUACAUCAGUGUCCCAAGUGCCUCUUUCAACAUUAAUCUCAC